CUUGGAGAAUUGAGACGAUACAUUGUAGAAAUUUCACAUUUAUUCCAACGUAAACAUUUCACCUCAUUAGUGCGCAAGUAGGAGACUCUAAUGGAGCCCACAGUCUCAUAUUCUCCAUCCAUGCACGGACACAUGUUGCUUUCUUGGGUUUCUUCCAUAUUCGAGAAAGAUCGCCCUUUCUCCAUCUUCAUGAAGAAUCAAGAACGAACUCACCAUCUCCAGAAGCUUUAAAUCCAUCAUAACCCAGUUAAGAAAACAAACCCUAUAAAUACCUCCUUUCUUUAACCCUUAAAAUCAAGAAAACCCAUUCCAAGCAAAGAAAUACCAAGAAGCCUUCACUAAGCAAUCUCAGUUAAUUCUUCUCUGAUCAAUUCCCGUUUCAAAACCAAGGAAGAAAAUGUCUCUUAUUCCAAGCAGCCUCUUUGGUGGCCGUAGAACAAACAUCUUCGACCCCUUCUCUCUCGACGUCUGGGACCCCUUCCAUGACUUCCCAUUCCCAAGCACAGCUCUCUCGGCUCCUCGCUUCGAGUUCGCAAACGAAACGUCAGCUUUUGCCAACACACGCAUAGACUGGAAGGAGACUCCGGAGGCUCACGUUUUCAAGGCUGACCUUCCAGGGCUAAAGAAAGAGGAAGUGAAAGUGGAGAUAGAGGAAGGUAAUGUUUUGCAGAUAAGUGGAGAGAGAAGCAAAGAGAAGGAAGAGAAGAAUGAUAAAUUGCAUAGAGUUGAGAGGUCAAGUGGGAAAUUCCUGAGGAGGUUCAGGCUGCCAGAGAAUGCGAAGGUUGAUCAGGUUAAGGCAAGCAUGGAAAGUGGAGUCUUGACAGUGACCGUGCCUAAAGAGGAAGUCAAGAAACCUGAUGUCAAGGCCAUUGAUAUCUCUGGCUGAGCCUGAAAACAACGGCAAAUUCGAACUUGGUGGGUUGCAGUUUGUCUGAAAUGGUAUACCUAUCCCCUACGAUCCAAUAAACAAGUAGAUAUGGAUGUCUGUAAUCUAAUGUAAUGGUUUGAUGCCUAUUGGGCUUUCUUUUCUUAAUAAAGAUGUGAGCUUUUGGAUUUCGGUUUA